GAAUUAUCUGCUGUCAGGACCUGACGGAGGUGGGGGGGGCUGAGCGAUGCUGUCCACCGCCAUUCAGAUCCUGGCUUUCGCCCUGGCGCUCCUGGGCGUCCUCGGCGCCACCGUGGCCACCCUGCUGCCCAACUGGAAGGUGAGCGUUAACGUGUGGUCCAGCGUCAUGACCCCCAUCUCCCAGAUGCAGGGUCUGUGGAUGGACUGCGUCUGGUACAGCUCCGGCGUCUUCAGCUGCACCAUGAAGAACUCGGUGCUGUUGCUGCCGGCGUGUCUGCAGACCACGCGGGCCGCCAUGGUUCUGUCCUGCACGGUGGCGUCGUUCGGACUCUGCCUCGCCUCCCUGGGGCUUAAAUGUACCCGCUGGGGGGGCAGCCACCGGGCGAAGGGGCACACGGCCAUCGCCGCGGGCGGCUGCUUCAUCCUGGCCAGCUUCCUGUGCCUCGUCCCGGCAUCCUGGUACACCAACGAGGUCAUCACCGCCUUCCUGACCACGGACCUGCCGGACAGCAGCAAGUAUCAGCCGGGAGGAGCUCUGUGCGUCACAUUCCUCUCGGCCGGCUUCCUCCUGGCCGGGGGGGUCAUCUUCUGUCUGUCCUGUCCUGGGAAGAGAUCAGCACGGCCCGACUGCGCUGAUCCCGCCCGCCUAGCGGCGUACUGCGCCGACCAGCAGGGGCGGGAGCUGCAGACGGACCGCGCGCCGCCUAAAAACAGGCCAAACAAGACGGUUCGGCUGCAGGUGGACAAAGUGAAGCAGCAGAACCCUCCUGAACCGGAGCGGGACCAGAAGGUCUACCCGUCUCCCUCCAAACCCCCUCCGAAAGACAUCAAGGACAGCUACAGCCUGCAGGAGUACGUCUAG